GCAGCAGCAGUCGUGCUCCCAGCGGAAGAUGGCGGUGGGGAUGCUGUCUGGGGCUGGAGCGGAGCGCUGGAUUUGCACUAAAAGCGAACCCGGAUGGAUAUAAAGCAAAAAAUGAACGUAUUCCCGUCUCUUCUCCUCGAGGCCCGGACUGUUUCGGGGUUGUUAAACUAGCUGCCGCGUUUUGUUUUGUUUUAUUUGUCUGCUGGUAGAAAGAAUCCGGGCUUGUUGUCGGGGAUUCCACAGACUAUAUCCACUGAUAGCUCGGCGCAUAGACAGGGUGGGAGUGAAAAGUGGACGAAAAUGUCGGAUACAAAGGUAAAAGUUGCAGUGAGAGUUCGGCCCAUGAACCGCAGGGAAAUUGAGCUGAACACAAAAUGUGUCUUGGACAUGGAGGACAACCAAACAGUCCUGCACCCACCGCCCUCAAAUGCAAAAGGAGAGAGCAGCAGGAAACAACCCAAGGUGUUCGCUUUUGACCACUGUUUCUGGUCCAUGGAUGAGUCCAACGUUCCUAAAUAUGCCGGUCAAGAGGUUGUGUUCAAGUGCCUUGGAGAGGGAAUACUUGAAAAUGCAUUCCAGGGAUACAAUGCCUGCAUAUUUGCCUAUGGACAAACAGGCUCAGGAAAGUCCUUCUCCAUGAUGGGCAAUGGAGAGCAGCCAGGUUUAAUCCCUCGACUUUGCUGCUCGCUGUUUGAAAGGGUCCGCAGAGAGGAGAACGAGGCCCACUCCUUUAAGGUGGAAGUGUCCUACAUGGAGAUCUACAAUGAGAAGGUCCGCGACCUGCUAGAUCCCAAAGGGGGCCGACAGUCCCUGAAAGUUCGGGAACACAAAGUCCUGGGUCCAUAUGUGGACGGUCUGUCUCAGCUGGCUGUGACCAACUUUGAGGACAUUGAAGUGUUGAUGUCUGAGGGGAACAAAUCUCGCACGGUCGCAGCCACCAACAUGAACGAGGAGAGCAGCCGAUCUCAUGCCGUCUUCAGCAUCAUUGUCACACAGACGCUCUACGAUCUGCAGUCUGGAAAUUCAGGGGAGAAGGUGAGCAAGUUGAGUCUGGUCGACCUGGCGGGAAGCGAGCGAGUGUCCAAGACUGGAGCUGCAGGGGAGAGACUCAAAGAAGGCAGUAAUAUCAACAAGUCUCUCACCACAUUAGGCUGUGUGAUCUCUGCCCUAGCUGAUCAGUCUGCAGGGAAGGGGAAGGCCAAGUUUGUGCCUUACAGAGACUCGGUCCUCACAUGGCUACUGAAGGACAACCUUGGCGGGAACAGCAAGACUGCCAUGAUAGCCACAGUGAGUCCCGCCGCCGAUAACUACGAAGAGACGUUGUCCACGCUGCGUUAUGCCGACAGGGCCAAGAGGAUCGUCAACCACGCUGUGGUGAACGAGGACCCCAAUGCUCGGAUCAUCAGAGAGCUCAGGGAAGAGGUGGAGAAGCUCAAAGUUCAGCUCUCUCAGGCCGAGUCCAUGAAGGCUCCUGAGCUGAAGGAGAAGCUGCAGGAAUCGGAGAAGCUAAUUCAGGAGAUGACUGUCACCUGGGAGGAGAAGCUGAGAAAGACGGAGGAGAUCGCUACUGAGCGUCAGAAGCAGCUGGAAAGCAUGGGUAUCUCUUUGGAAACAUCUGGGAUUAAAGUGGGUGAAGACAAGUGUUUCCUGGUCAAUCUGAACGCAGAUCCUGCCCUGAACGAGCUGCUGGUCUACUACCUGAAGGAGCACACACGUGUGGGCGCAGACACGUCUCAGGAUAUUCAGCUCUUUGGGAUCGGGAUCCAGCCGGAACACUGCGUCCUGGAGCUUUGCCCAGAUGGUGAUGUCACCCUGAUGCCCAUAGGGAAUGCCAGGACAUGUGUGAAUGGUACAAUGAUCGAUUCAUUAGUACACCUGUGGCACGGAGACCGUAUCUUAUGGGGGAACAAUCACUUCUUCAGGAUCAAUCUGCCCAAACGAAAGCGGCGGGACCGCUUGAAGGAGCUGGAGAGGGCCUCUCCCAGAGAGAGCUUCGUGGAGGCAGACGUGGAGACGGCCAGCGAGGCCUCUUCUGAGCAGGACUAUAGCUACGAGUUUGCCCAGAUGGAGGUCAUGAUGAAGACUCUCGGAAGCAAUGACCCCAUGCAGAAUGUGGUCCAGGUGCUGGAGAAGCAGUACCUGGAGGAGAAGCGCACGGCUCUGGAGGAACAGAGGAUGAUGUAUGAACGAGAGCUGGAGUCUCUGCGGCAGCAGCUGUCUCCUGAAAAGACGGCGCAGCACCACCGCAGCAGCAGCGACCGCCUUCCGUUCGCGACGCACACACCGCACGGCAAGCUGCGACUCUGGACCGAGGAGCGGGAUGAGCUUUUUCGUCAGAGCCUUUCCCGGCUCAGGGAGCAGGUUGUCAAAGCCAACACUUUGGUGCGAGAAGCAAACUUUUUGGCCGAGGAGAUGAACAAACUCACCGACUACCAGGUCACUCUUCAAAUUCCUGCAGCCAACCUCAGCGCCAACCGCAAGCGUGGAGCAAUAGUGAGCGAACCGGCCAUACAGGUGCGGAGGAAAGGGAAGGGAACCCAGGUGUGGACCAUCGAGAAGCUGGAGAACAAGCUUGUGGACAUGAGAGACCACUACAGAGACUGGAAAGAAGGCACAGAGGAGACGUGUAACAAAGCCAACAGUAAACACUGCGAUCCGUUCUACGAGGCCCAAGAGAACCACAACCUGAUAGGAGUGGCCAACAUUUUUCUAGAGUGCCUUUUCCAUGACGUCAAACUGCAGUAUGCUGUCCCCAUCAUCAGCCAGCAGGGAGAGGUAGCAGGCAGGUUGCACGUAGAGCUGAUGCGAGUUAGUGGACCUGUACCGGAGCGCCUGUCUGGGGGAGACGACUCAUCGGAGAACUCCAGCGAGAGUAGCUUUUACGAGGUCAUGGACACCAACGGAGAGAUCGUCCACAUGGCAAAGAGGCUCACCUGCAGGGUGAGGAUCAGGGAGGCCACGGGGCUGCCGCUCAACUUGUCCAACUUCGUCUUCUGUCAGUACACCUUCUGGGAGCAUGGGGAGCCCGCCGUGGCUCCUCCCAUGGUCAGCCCAGACAGACCUUCGCCCCGAAGCCCAGACGCUCAGUUCACUGUCCAGUUCGAUCACUGCAAGGACUACGUUGUGCACGUAACCGAUGAGUUUUUAGAGUUUAUAUCGGAUGGGGCGUUGGCGAUAGAGGUGUGGGGUCACCGCUGUGCUGGAAACGGACGCUCGCUUUGGGAGUUAGAUGCACUGGAGGCCAAGACCCAGACGCUUCGAGACAGGUGGAGCGAGGUGUCCCGCAGGAUCGAGCUGUGGAUCUCCAUACAGGAGCUGAACGAGCAGGGAGAGUACUCAUCCGUGGAGCUGCACCCCGGAAGAGACAUCAGCACAGGAGGAGUCUUCCAGCUGCGACAGGGUCACUCCAGGAGGCUGCAGGUGUACGUGAAGCCGGUCCAGAACUCAGGCACUCUCCCUCUGCUGGUGGAGGCUCUGCUGUCUGUCUCUAUCGGCUGCGUGUCCGUUCGCUCCACCAAACUGCAGAGACCACUCGACAGCUACCAGAGAGAGACGGAAGACGAUAUGGAUAGUUACCAGGAAGAGGAUCUCAACUGUGUUAGAGAGCGCUGGUCGGAUGCGCUGAUCAAACGCCGGGAGUAUCUUGAUGAACAAAUCAAGAAAAUCAUCAACAAGCAUGAAAAAUCAGAGGAGGACAUUGAGCGUGAAGCUCGGCUGGUGGAGCAAUGGGUUGGCCUGACCGAAGAGAGGAAUGCAGUGCUGGUACCUGCACCUGGCAGUGGCAUCCCGGGAGCUCCUGCAGACUGGACUCCACCUGCAGGGAUGGAAGCUCACAUUCCUGUACUCUUCCUGGAUUUAAACGCGGAUAAUCUGACAGUGAAUGAGCAGCUGACCGGCCCACAUGCCGCAGGCGUUAACUCCAUCCUGCCCAAAGAACACGGCAGCCAGUUCUUCUAUCUGCCCAUCAUCAGGCACAGCGAUGAGGAGGUGUCCGCAGUGUGCUCGUGGGACUCGUCCAUCCAUGACUCUGUGCACCUCAACCGGGUCACAUCGCCCAAUGAACGCAUCUACCUGAUCAUCAAAGCCACGGUGCAGCUCAGCCACCCUGCCUCCAUGGAGCUGGUGCUCCGCAAGAGGAUUGCUGUCAACAUCUACAACAAACAGAGUUUUACUCAGAGUCUCAAGAGAAGAAUGUCCCUCAAGAACACUCUUUACUCCUGUGGUGUGAGUUACGAGAUAGUCUCCAACAUACCAAAGGCCUCGGAGGAGCCGGAGGAGAGGGAAACCUUGGCCCUCAUGGCGGCUCGCGGGGACAGCGAGGAGACUCAGGACGGAGAAACCUACAUAGAGAAAUACACACGAGGAGUUCUGGAAGUGGAGAACAUCCUGAGUCUGGAGAGGCUACGACAGGCUGUGACGGUAAAGGAAGCUCUGGCUGUUAAGGGGAGACACUUGCGGAGGAGUAUCAGCACACCAAAUGUACAGCAUUAUUCAUGUAGUAAAACAGACCUGACUGGUUGUGAGGAUGAAGACUGUAAGGACCACUGUGAUCACGUAGACACCAACACUAACUGCAGUCCUCUGGAUGGCCAACUUUGCACCACACCAAUAAAAAACAAGGAGAACUCAGCCUUGGUUCCAGAGAGUCCCACCUUUUUCGGCUCCAGCCCCUUCAAAGUCCUCUCCCCUCAGCCGCCUAAAUUCCUCCAGUCCCUGCUUCCUGUCAGAGAGGAGAACAAGGCGAAGAAAGCCCUGGAGGCCCGGCCGCUACUCGGACUAGAGCAGAGCAUGCGCUCAUGCGUGGACAGCCCUGCACUGCUCCCCUCUCCCUGCCCCUGGCACAGACCCAGGGCAGGCAGCGAGGGCCACUGCAAGCCUUCCACCUCCACCUCCACCUCCACCUCUACCUCCACUUCCACCCCCACCUCCACUCCCACCAGCAGACAGCUCAGCCACACACUGCCACACACUGCUCAGGACUCUGAGGACGAGGAGACGGACGUGGGCUCGACUCUAAAUCUCGAUCGCGGCCUUCAGAACCAAAGCAGCUUGCAGCCUUACGUCCCGGAGGACUUUGCAAACUUCGAGAUCUACAACGCCACUCUGGACAACCAGGAGGGCUUUCGCUCCAAGGGAAGCCGGUGCGGAGGCGGGAGCGGAGAGCGAGAGGUGUCCCGGAGCCCCACCGCUAGCAGCUGCACUAGCGGCUACUUUUCACACAGUGCCUCCAACGCCACGCUGUCCGACAUGCCUUUCAGUGCCAGUGAGAGCUCUGACCACCUCAGCUGCGCCUCCAGAGACUCCCACGAUGCUCUCGGGUGUCCUGCCGGAAGAGGCUGCGCCCAAACCAAGUGUCUCUCUGCGGGUGGUGACGCCCAGCAGCCCCCUCUGUCAGCCGGCGCCGUUCAGGACCUGCCUAUCCGUUCAUCCUCCUCGCCUGUCAGUAUUCCCAAUUGCACAGAUAAGCGGCAGUCGUUCACUCAGUCGGACAAAUGUGUCCUUAGCACCAGCCAGGAGUUUACUGACUUUAAAGGGGCUGAUGACACUAUUGGAGAGGUUGACAUAGAACCUUUUACCGAAGGAUGGGAGCAUGAACACUCAGAGAUUUCUACAAACGGGAAGGCAACAGAUAACGUUGAAACACGUGACGCUGACAAUCAGUUCGUCUCUGAAGUCCCCGGUACUCUAAAGACAUCUAAUCCUGAAAGUGCAACGUGCAAAUGUCCUGAUAAUGAAGACCCUGUUAGUGUAACCGAAUCCUCCCCUAACACCACUAUAGUUUGCACUUCAGUCUCCAGCCAAGCCCCGCCUCCAUCCCCGGCCGUAAUUAUUUCCCCUGCACCAGUUCCGCCUCCAGCAUCACUAGCCCCGGUCACACCCUUAUCCACGGCCUCGUCCUCUGCUCCAGCUCCACGGGCCGGAGGAGAACCUCCGAUCCAGGAGCCAGCCCAGGGAGAUCUGCCCCAUGGCAGUCCGUGUCCCAGUCCCAACCCCAGCAGCGCAGAGCCCUCCGGAGACUCAAGUGGGGAUGAGAGCACCCCCGUAGCUCAGCUUCCUGACUGGAUGGCGCCUGGGGAGCAGGUGUGGGUGGGAAAGAGGAGAGGAACCGUUCACUAUGUGGGAGGGGUGGAGUUCGCUAAGGGGAUCUGGAUCGGUGUGAAGCUGGACAUGGCAGUCGGUAAACACAACGGGACCGUCCAGGGCAGAGUGUACUUCCGCUGCCCCCCAGGCCACGGCGUCUUUGUGAAGCCGUCUCGUCUCACCAGAGGUCCACCCUCCAUGGACACAGAACCCCAGACUGUGAUCAGAUAGGACGCGAACAGGGACCCGAAAGACGGCAGCGACCCGAGCGUGGUGCUCAAACCCUGCGUGUGGACAGCCGGCUGACUUCACCGCGGCUUCCCUCACUCCAUCCCUCUGACCACUCUAAGUGUGAUGUAUUCUGUAGGACUGUAUGCGUUCCUAAAGCAUAUCUUACCGUUGCAUUUUAUUGAAGGUUAUAUAUCCGAAUUACUGUUCACUGAAGAAAAAAAAAAAAUCACUAUGCACAUAUCUGAGUUUUCUCAGAUUUCUCUAUUUUUAUAGAGAACUUUUAACUGGGAGUUCUUAAGGAAUAUUACCUACAUACAUUUUUUUUUUUUUUUUACAUUGGUUCUGAACAUUAUAGAUAAUAUUUUUGUAUUUGACCAUACAUCCCCCUCCUUCUGAGGCUCAGAAUGGAGUAAUCUGGGAUAUGAAGAUUAAGAAUGUACUACUGUCAAUGAACAUUGAUACUUACAUCAAUAUGAUAUGUCAGGGCUAACCAAAGAACCACGGUUCCAUAUCUGCUGUCACGUUAUUUUUCUAAUCUAUGUACUCUACGGAGGUAUUCACUAUAAUUCUGCGUCCAAGUAAAGCUUAGUGCCAUAUCUCGAGGAGUAAUGCCACGUACCCUGAACAUAGGACAGACCUGCGAAACCUGAGUUGCCCUCGGGGGUUUUGCAGCUAUAAAUGAUCCUGUUGAUGUACUGUAACACUGUGGAGGAAAUAAUCCCCAUCCAGCAUGAGACUGUUGCUGUUUGAACGCUUGCACUGGAAAGGAUUCUUGGAGAGUUCGCCGACUGUCUUCCAUAUUGGACCGACGAGAUGCCUGAACUGAACGAAGCAGCCAAGCUCUGUCCGUGGCCUGGAUGUACUGAUGCCUUAGUGCCCUGUUCGCAUAAAGAGAGGCACAUGAAGCCGAGACUGCUCGAUGAGCUCCUUCACUAGUUCACUGAGUUAGAAAUAAUAACUAACUGUAUUGACCUUAAACCUGUAUGUACGUCACGAUGCCCAGAGGUGUUCAAGAUGCCAUCCUGCCUUGCUGACUGACUAAUUGAAUACCUUUUUUAACUGACUGUCCACCUGCUCUUUACGUUUUGACUGACUGAUGUGUAACACUACGCGUUGAAAGGUACUCGAGUUUUCACGCAGAGGAUUGAACGGAUGGGCGAUAGACAGUAUCAGGACAAAGAAAAACGUGUUGAAUAAUGGAGAGGAACUUUUUAUUUUUAUGGAAGAGGUGAACUGGCUCGAAAUAGCUCAGUAUUCAAGCUGUAAUUUCAAGUAAAUGAGAGAAACCCAAGACCUUACUUUAAAGAAGAGAACAAAGCUGCUCUCCCUAAUAAGGAGUUGUAAAUAGAAAUGUAUUUGAACAUAGUAUUUACACUAUUAUAAUGUACAGAAUUGUAUUUAUAAUGUAUCUGGAACUGUUUUAAUUGGUACAAAAUGUUCUAGAAUAGAACAUUUGAAAUCAG